AUGAGCCUGCUUGAAGUUCGCGAAUUGUCCCGGCACUUCGGCGGCCUUGCUGCCGUCAACAAUCUCUCUUUCAUCGUCGACGAAGGCGAGAUCCACGGGCUGAUCGGCCCGAACGGCGCCGGCAAGACCACGACCUUCAAUGUCAUCAGCGGCUUUUACAAGCCGACCGCCGGCGAAAUCCUCUUCGGCGGACGCAGAAUCUCGGGGCUUCGCCCGAGCCGGAUUGCGGCGCGGGGCGUGGUCCGCACUUUCCAGGCGACGACGCUCUUCCAGGAGCUCUCCGUCUUCGAGAAUGUGCUGAUCGGCUGCCACAUGCAGUCACAGGUGGGGCCGUUUGGCGCGCUGCUGGGCACCAGCCGGCGCGCCGAGCGAGCAUCGGAAGUACGAGCUGCCGAAAUUCUCGAGUUCAUGGGCCUGGGCGACCGCCGCGACGACGAGACAGUCAACCUGCCGCACGGCCACCAACGGGCUCUCGGCAUCGCGGUCGCGAUCGCCGCCGAGCCCAAACUUAUCCUGCUGGACGAACCCUUCACCGGCAUGAACCCCGAAGAGACGCGGCAGAUGAUGGUGCUGGUGGAGCGCGUGCGUAGCCAGGGUGUCACCAUUCUCCUCGUGGAGCACGACAUGCAGGCGGUCAUGGGCCUCUGCGACCGUAUCACGGUGCUGAGCUUCGGCGAGUUGCUGGCGCAAGGAACGCCCAUCGAGAUCCGCUCCGACCCGGCGGUGAUCGAAGCCUAUCUGGGAACAGUCUGA